AAUGAAUCCUCCUGUUAGUGGAAAGAUUAUAAAUUGUCCAGGUAAGAGAGUAGCUGAUUAUCUAUUUAUAAAAGAGAUAGGAAAAGGAGCAUUCGGAUAAGUAUUAAUUGUCAUUUAAAUAAGGUAUUUUAAGCAAAAAAUACUGUAACAAAUGAAGUGGUUGCAAUUAAAUGUAUAGCAAGAUCUAAAUUAUCUGAUCAUGGAGGAAUUGUAGGUUAAUUAAUUAAAAGUGAAGUUGAAGUAUUAAAAUAGAUCAAUAAUUAACAUGUUGUUAAAUUAGUCUCAUAUUUAGAAUCUGCAAAUUAAUGCUAUAUUGUUUUAGAAUAUUGCAAUUGUAAUCAUAAUAAUAUUUAUUUAUAUUAGCUGGUGAUUUUGAAUAAUUGUGGCAAAAUAGAAAUAAAAAAAUACCAGAGAAUGAAGCUAUUGAUUAUAUGAAAUAAGUUUUGGCUGGUAUGUAAGCAUUACAUGAAAAGAAUAUUUUGCAUAGAGAUCUUAAACUAGCUAAUAUUUUAAUACAUAAUUCUACUCUUAAAAUAGCAGAUUUAGGAUUUUCUAAAUAAUUAAGUGAUCCAAAUUAAUAAGAAAAACUAAGUCUAGGGUCUCUUGGUAAUAUGGCUCCUGAAAUUGUAGAAUAAUAACCAUAUGGAAUGGCAGCAGAUAUGUUUUCUAUUGGCAGUAUGUUUUAUUAACUUAUUUUUGGAUAAUUACCAUUUAGUAAUUAAAAUCAAUUAAAAUUUUUAGAAGAUAUUAAAAAUAGUAAAUUUUAUUAUUUAUUUAAGAUAAACCUAAUUUUAGAAGAAAUGAUAUCAUGAUUUCAUCUGAAUUAGAAUCUCUUCUAGAAAGGAUGCUAAUUAAAGACCCUAUAAGAAGAUUAAAAUGGAGUGAAUUGUAUUCCCAUCCAUUAAUGCAACAUAAAGAUUUAAGUAGAUUUAUAAUCUUCCUUAGGAUAUACUCAAUUAUCAUUGAAUGCUAUUCAGGCUGACUUAAUUAAUACUAAAGAAAUAGGACAAUUUUACAAAGAAAAAGAUUAAAAUAAAAUGGUUGAAAAUUCUUAAGAUCUUCUUCAAUCUAGAUUGAAUAUUAAUAAAUAAUAAGAAUUUUAAAUUGAUAAACCCAUUUAUUAAUAAUUAAUUGAAGAUGAAGGAACUCCAGGAGAAGAUGAAGAUAAUAUUAAAAAACUUGAUUAAUUACGAUAAAAUAUGGAAUAACAAAUUCUAGAAGAUAAAUAGGUCGAAGAAUAUAUUAAUAAAUAUUUGAGUUUAAGAGAUGAAAUAGUAUUUGUAUCCAGAACUUUAAAUUAAGUAUUUGAAAACCUUGCAUAAGAUGAAUGUUGUUUACUUUGUUUAAUGUUGGCUAAAAGAAUUUAUAUUUUAAAUGAAAAAUUGACUUAAAUUCUAUUAUCUUAAGAUAAUAUCUUUUAAAUUAAUGAAAGAAUAUUAAAAAAAAUAUAUGAACAUCAACACUUUUAGAAGUUUGUGUCAUAAAUUGUAGAAGAAUCAUUAUAUGCAAAAGAUUAUGUCACUUUCUUUGCUGAAUCAUUAUAGUAUAAUCAUAUUUAUUAGUAGAAAUUAACCUAAACUAAUUUAAAACAAAAAAGAUUGGCAUUCAGAAUUUUAAAAAGAAAUUUCAAUGUAAUUUGAUUCAAUUUUUAAAGAAGUUCUGAAUGACUUUUCAUUUAAAUUAAUGGAAUUAGUUCAUAAAACUAAUAUAAAUUUGGAAUAUGGAGAUGAAUAAAAAAGAAACUUACAUAGAGAUUAUUUCUAAUUGCUAAUUCAUCUAAUUGAUUGCAUUAAUUUUGAUAAAUUAUUUAAUCAUGGAGUAAUGCUCUUUAUCUUAUAUAAAUUAGAAUGUCAAUAUUUACUAAUAAUUUGAUGGACUAGCCAAUAAAUCUUUAGAAGAAUUAAAAGAAACAGCAACAUAGAAAUUCAAUGAAAUGUUUGAAUGA